AUGAAGGUGAACAAUAUGCUCAUUGAUGUUUGUGAGAAGAAUGCAACUCAACAAAUUAUUCAGUGUAAUUCCAAUCAGUUCGAAUCCCGUGUUGUCCCUAUGUUGAUACACCUGGACAAAAUAUUCUAUCGAAUGAAAAUUGCACUCGGAAUUAACCUGACAACACUGAAUGAAAUGAGAGGGAUACUGUGCCAUCCGAUCUUUAGAAAAUGUGGUUAUCUCCAGUUUCGCGGGAAAAAUGAAGUGUUGUCGAAUGAGGACUGUGAAUAUAUAUUGGAUAAGACCCAGCCGAAUCGGGGAAUCACUAUAUUAAGCAAAUUGAGUCCUGAUUUCGACUUCAAAAAGAUUCUUCACUUCUCCCGCCUUCGCAUACCAAGCCUUGGUAAGAUGCCUCUUGAAGAGUUGAAGGCGUUGGAUUGUGAAAUCGCGAAUCUGGGGAAUCAUCAAUUCAAGGAAGUUGAUCUGAAUGAUUUCCUCCAUCACUGGAUUAACGGAAACAAUAGAAAAUUGAGACGUCUUAAGCUGGAUGGAUUCGAAGAUGCUCCGAAUUGGAAUGUUCUUUUGAAAGACAUCCCUCAUACGGAAUGGAAUCCAAAAGAGAGAGGAAGAUGUUACAAAUCUAAAUACACGCAUACAGAGGAGACAAUCGAUUGUGAGAAUGGGAAGGAUUUCAAGAAUAAGGAUGGACAACUGGCUACUGUAGUUCAUCAUUCGGAAUACCUAGAUAUUCUCAUUUGGAAUGACCAGUUCCCAGAUGAGAAGGACACAGAAGAAAAGGUAAUUUAUUGUAACUCCAACCAAUUCGGAUACGGAGUUAUUAAUGUCUUGACACAUUUUGACAAGAUAUUUCACCGAAUUGAUAUUGCACUUGGAAUAGAACUCAAUGCAUUGAACGAAAUGAGAGGGAUACUGUGUCAUCCGAUUUUUAAGAAAUGUGGUUAUCUGCAGUUUCGUGGGAAAAAUGAGACAUUGACGAAUGAGGACUGUGAAUAUGUAUUGGAUAAGACCCAGCCGAAUCGGGGAAUCACUAUAUUAAGCAAAUUGAGUCCUGAUUUCGACUUCAAAAAGAUUCUUCACUUCUCCCGCCUUCGUGUACCAAACCUUGGUAAGAUGCCUCUUGAAGACUUGAAGGCGUUGGAUUGUGAAAUCGCGAAUCUGGGGAAUCAUCAAUUCAAGGAAGUUGAUCUGAAUGAUUUCCUCCAUCACUGGAUUAACGGAAACAAUAGAAAAUUGAGACGUCUUAAGCUGGAUGGAUUCGAAGAUGCUCCGAAUUGGAAUGUUCUUUUGAAAGACAUCCCUCAUACGGAAUGGAAUUCAAAAGAGAGAGGAAGAUAUUACAAAUCUAAAUACACGCAUACAGAGGAGACAAUCGAUUGUGAGAAUGGGAAGGAUUUCAGGAAUAAGGAUGGACAACUGGCUACUGUAGUUCAUCAUUCGGAAUUCUUGGAUUUUCUCAUUUGGAAUGACAGAUUCCCAGAGUAA